AUGUUCAACUUCAAUUCAUGGCGUCAUAGAAGAACUCUAAUCUAUCAUCUCAAAGGCUUCAUUACCCCACAAACAUCACAAUCCCUAAACCCUAGCCCUCUUUUCCACCAUUUCUGCACCAACCCUUCAGAUUCAACCUCUUUUGCAGCCUCCUACCUCAUUCACAAUUUUGGGUUUGACCCACAAUUUGCUUCCAAACUAUGCUCCACUCAUCGUCUUCGUUUCAAUUCCACCCAAAAACCUGAAUCUGUUGUCACCUUCUUUAGAAACUAUGGUUUUUCAGAUUCCCAACUACGUGAUCUGAUUGCUAAGAUGCCAGGGCUUCUUUCCUGCAAACCCUUCAAAACGGUGUUGCCAAAGUUUCAAUUUUUUCUCUCCAAAGGUGCUUCUAACUCUGACAUUGUUAACCUUGUGUGUAAGAACCCUGUGUUCCUUACUGCUAGUUUGGACAAAAAAAUAGUCCAAACCUAUGAAUUGGUGUGCAGAUUCUUGCAAUCUGACAAGGAAACUUUGGCAUUGUUGAACUACAAUGCAAAUUUACUUUGUGAUCCUUAUGUGCGAAAUAACAUCACAAUGCUGAUUGAGAAAUGGAGUGUCCCACUCAAACAUGAAAAAAUUGGUUAG